GCGGAUCUUCCAGGUUUAUUAUUUCUCUGCCCCUGCGAUCAGUUCCCUUCGUGUGUCGUAGCGUAUCUUCAUCAUGCACUGCUUUUGUUUCCUGCUCGGAUAGUGCUGGGUGUCCCAUCAUGCAGUUUUACAGAACGGAGGCGAGACUGUUACCGGGACUGUGAACUGGAUUGUAACCGGUACGCCGAACGAGACUGUGACCGGUGACUGUAACCAGGACUCUGACCGAGACUGUGUUCUGGACUGUGACCGGCACUGAGAACGGGACUGUAACAGGGACUGAGACCGGGACUGUAACCUGGACUGAUACCGGGACUGUAACGGUGACUGUAACCUGGACUGAGACCGGGACUGUAAAAAGGAUUGCGUCCGCGCGCGCAGCAUUGAACCGCGGGAUUCCCGUGGCUCUGAUCCAGACUUUCAUGAUCGAUCCCGUCUCCGUGAGCUGAUUACAGAUCGGUGAAUCCACUCUCACCCUUCUACCCCCCCCUACCCCUCUUCAACCACCCCCUCCAUCCCUCUUCACUCCUCACGGAAUGUAAACCCUUUACACCGGCAUCUCUACUAUACACCUUCAACCACCUACAGCCUGAACCUCCACUUACAGAGGAGUCAUGCAGAGGACGCGCCCGGUACCGGUACCGGAGUUCAAUCGCCAUGGCUAAGGUGGUCGUGAAGAAGUUGCACUGGCGCUCUAAGGUGCAGGAGAGCUUCGUUCCUCUGUUGGGCAGCUCGGGAGAACUGGGAGUGGCCAUCGGCGGUGGUGCCGACUAUGGGGAGUUUCCAUUUGUCACAGCAGCGCCGGGAGGUGGGAUCACGGUUGGCGAUAUAAUUUUGGAGAUCGGCGGGACACCAGUUCUGGGAAUGACCUUAGGUGAUGUACGUGGAGUGCUCAGCACCUGCCCCCAUCCUAUCCGAAUCAAGACUGUAACACCAGACUCAACACUGUGUAAGGAUCUGAGGUUGUACCUGAGUAAAUGUUUCACACCUGGUUGCAUGGACAGUCAGCUUCAACAGGUCAUACGGGAAAACCUUUAUCUGCGUGCAGUUCCAUGUACGACCAGACAGCCUCGAGUCGGCGAGAUCUCAGGAGUGGAUUAUAACUUUGUGUCUGUCGAAGAGUUCUUCUCUCUAGAGGAGUCAGGAGCUCUGCUGGAGAGUGGGAAAUUCAAAGGGAACUACUACGGAACCCCUCGACCAAUCCACAUCGGCCCUGACAGCCCUCCCAUCACUUACCAGGAGCACUGCAAGCUUCUGAGGAACUUCCGCACACGCAGCAAAUCCCUCAGUAACCUGGAGAAAGCAGCAGAGGAAGGGUACAACAGUGAGGGAGACUCUGGGCUAUCAGGGGGCUCAGGAGGUGCCAGCAGUGUCCCCGCAGCAACAUCAUCCCCCAGUCGGUCCCGUGACUCCAGCGGAGGGGACGGCAGUGCCUUUGAGAACGGAAGCAGGCAGAGAAGAGGACUACAGAGGGCGGGGCUUGAAACCUGGGAAAUGACCUACAGUGACUCAGGGGAACCCUACUACACAGAUCAUCAGCCCAAGCCGACCUACUGGCACAGCCGUCGCACAUCAAGCCGAGAGUCGGUUUUCAUGACUGACCUGGGUGAGUUUACAGAUCAGCCAAGUGAGUUGAGAGGGUACUCAGUCCACACUCGGGUGUGUAAAGGACCCCACGGCUUUGGCUUUAACAUUACUGGGGGCAGCCGGUCUCGGGAGUUUUUACAGAUAUACAGCAUUACACCUGGAGGGCCGCCAACACUUAACACUGGGGAUAUUCUGGUGUACAUUAACGACACCUGCGUGCUGGGCACCUCUUAUAAAGAAUUAGUGGAAAUGCUGAAGGCUGUGCCCGUGGGCCAGAGCGUGGACAUGGUGGUCCGUAGAGGCUACCCCAUACUCUAUGACCCUAAUGGCAGCCCUCGACUGUCUCGGGUUGCUUCACAACCUUCACCUCUUCCGACCACCACCCAGCCCAAAGCCCAGGCCUUGCUCCCACAAUCACAGAUGCUUCUCAAUAACAGUGGACUAAUGUACAAUGCUGAGGAGAGAUAUCCUAGAGCUUAUGGAAGACGUGCAUCCAGGUUUAGCCUGGACGCCAAUGGUAAUACUUCACAUUAUUCACCACCUCCCAGAAUGCCGUCUUCUUAUCGAUACUCCAGCGAGGGAGAGAGCGAUAUCCUGAGGCCGCAGCAUUCUCAAAGGAGUAUCAGGCAGCUGCAGAGAUCAGAUCUGGCCAGCCAGAGUGACAGUGAAGUGGUGUCGGCUAUAGGAUCACACAGAGCCUACUUUAUCCGCAACCACAACAACAACUCGCUCUACCCACCAUCACCUUCGCGCUUUUAUUCCACAAAGUCCUCUGACAGUGACCUUUCCUCUUGUGCCCCAAGCCCGCCCCUCUCUCGUUUGCCCCUUCCCCAAACAGAAUCAAGACACACCUCUGUUUCCUCCUCCCCUGGAGUAGGGACACGAUACUUUCAAAAUGGACAGCGCUCAAUGCUCACCCCGCCCACCAGCGCACACUCCGAUGGGCCGUACUUCACUUUUAACAGCGCCAACAGUGCCAGUCCAGGCAGCAGCGUACCAUCACCAGGGACGAUAAGCAAUGGUGGGGGCAGGGAGCUGGUCCCCGUCGCCCUGGCAAAGUGCAGUCAAGGUGGGAGUCUGGGUUUCAGCUUGAUGGCGGGCGGACAAGGCGGCAGGGCGGCAGUGGUGAAGAGGGUGUGGGACCGGCAGCAGUGUAACAGCCUCCAACCUGGAGAUGUCAUUGUGAAGAUCAACGGAGCUGACGUGCAGAGUCUCAGCUUCAUUCAGGUCCAUCGUAUUUUGGAAGAGCACACCAAAAAUGCAGAGGUCAUUCUGCUAGUGCAGAGAGGAGGUGCCAUAUAUUCUUCCAUCUCUCCAAAGUCUGGGCGUCAGCACAGCCCCACCCUGCCACGCCCUGCCUCUGCCUCUCAGAUCCCUAUUACUGAUACUCCACCUUUGCUAAGAAAAACCCUUACUCCGCCCCCUCAAUCCCUCGUGCGCUCUUCCUUGGUCCAGAGCACUAGCUUCUUAGACUCAGUACCUGUCACAUUAACGCUGGAGCCUCGCGAUUGGAUGAGUACUGAAGAGGGCGGGACUACACUCAAUCCCAGAUUAAAGAUAGAAGAGAAGAGUCGGGCAUCUAAACCACGGGGAAUCGAGGUGGAGCUGAAGAGGAGGUCAGGAGAAGGAUUUGGAUUUGUGAUUGCUUCACAGGACGUGGAGAACGGCAAAGCGGCCUCUCUGCUGCCUCACCGGUUUGUGACAGUGCGUCGUGGCAGUCCUGCAGCACGAAGUGGCCUGAUUCGGCCUGGGGAUCGGUUGGAGUCAGUAGAGGGACGAAGUGUGGUCAACCUGCCCCACAGGGAGCUGGCACAGAUUCUGCGCAGAGCGGGCAACUCAUUGCGUCUGACCGUAGUUCCAAGAUCCAGCGCUCAUUCCUCUGAGCACUCAGACAGCGAUCCCCAUCACAGAAGCAAAAAGCCUCACAGGUCCAAAUCCAAGGACUCAUCACGGUACUACAGUGUGGAGCUUGAGAGAGGCCCCACUGGUUUUGGGUUUAGUCUCAGAGGAGGUAGUGAAUACAACAUGGAUCUUUAUGUUCUGGGUCUGAUGGAAGGAGGACCAGCCUCGAUUAGCCAGAAGAUGCAGGUGAGUGACCAGUUAGUGGAGAUCAAUGGGAACAGCACAGCAGGUAUGAGCCACAGUCAGGCCGUGGAGCAGAUCAGGACUGCAGGCAAUAAGAUCCAUCUUGUCCUGAAAAAAGGCAAUGGAUAUGUUCCUGACUAUGGCCAUGAUCACAGAGCAGCCGUCUCCUCCCUGUCCUCAGCCCUGCAGCCGCAUCUGGCUGCAGUGAAUCAACAUUACCGCCAUGUGCAUUAUACGUCCAGCCCUCCAAGGACAGGCAGGACCAGCGGCCAGAGAGGAAGGACAGAAAUCCAAGGCUGGGAGGAGAGCCCCAAACAAACACACGUCACAGGUCACAGGUCAAAAGAUAGGAGAAGGAGACAAAGGUCCCACAGUUUACCCAGAAGCAUCCUAAUAGGAAACAGCGAUGGAGAGGAUAUCACUGAACCAGUGACAAGAGGACGCCAUAGGCAGAGAGAGAGAAGAAAAAAGGCAUUGGGAAGGAGUAAAAGUGAGGAGAGAACGAGACAGUCAAAAUAUGAGACAGAGGAUGAGAUUCAAGGAGAGGAGGACCAGCAAGACAGCAAAAAAAUGGACAUGCCCAUUCGUAAUCAGCAGGUCACAGAGUUGCACACCAAGGAGUUAGGAGAAGGGGAAAACAAUCUGUUUUUGCGAGAGAACAGUGAGGAGAAGGUGAGCUCUUGGGGAAAUUUGGAAGGUGGACAGAGCAGGGUGAGGAGAAAUGGUCAGGAGAUAGAAGGAAAGUUGAAAAGUAAGACAGAGCAAGUACUGCCAAAAGUUUUGGUGAGUCAGACCACACAGCAGUGUGAAGAUGACAUUCAAACUUAUGUUGGCAUGUGUUUGCCAGGGCAAGAAAAGAUGCAGUUUAACCACCUCACUGACCCACAGUCCCCAUUCUCUUUUCUCAUGCCCCGUGAACUCCAAUUCACAAAGCCAUAAUCUAAAAUGGGGCUGUUGAAUGCUAGUGUUCAAGCUGCCAGUCUAAUGUAAGUGUCUGCCUAUGGAAGGUAUAGUUCAGGAGCCACAAGCACCAGAGCACCAGGUCCCUGGCUUAAAUCCAGUCUGCUCUGUAGUGAGUAUGACAGAAAUGGACUUACAGGUAGAGCACAGGAGCAAGCAGUGAGAGAGAAUUCCAUCACCUGACAUAGUGCUGAAUUGAUGUAAUUUUUGCCACGUAAUAUAAUCAGGUCGGCUAAGUGAAAUAUUGAAAAGAUUUAAAUAGGAUAUUAUUGUUCAGGGUAUUUCUGUAUACUUUCGGAGAAUACAGCCAUAGAGUGGUCCUUACUAAUAAUUGUUAAAAAGGAAGAAUAUAAGUAAAAAACUCAGUAAAAAGCUUGAGGGAGGUUUUCUGUCCUCAUGUUUUUGGCAUACUUUGUGCCUUUUUUCUGUUCUGUUUGUUGUGUGCUACUUGUCCUCUUAGCUCUUGGCCAAUUUUGCUAUUUUCUUUCCGCUCUAUAAUUGUAUAUACAAGAUUGUUAUUUUAGAAAGAAAGACUGGUUGAAUAAGGAUAUAGUUUUGUCUCAGAAUUAGGGGCAAACAAGAAGCAAUAAAAUGCCUCAAGCCAAAAUUUUUACAUGCAAAAAAGAUUAUGUAUACUAAACAUUUCUCAUUAUAAAUAAUAUGUAUGUAUAUAAAUCAUUUUUUCAUUGUGAUGCUGGAGGAAACAGGUGACAGGGUGUGACAGACAAAUAUCAGGAUUUACCAUCAGUUUCAGAAGCUGAUUACUUUCCUAUAACAGCAUGACCCAAAGUGUUUUAUUCCUCUUAUACCACAGCAUUCCCAACGAUUUCGAAUUUUUUUUUAUUAAUAAACAACCUGCCACGCGCAACCAUCUACGGCUA